AUGACGCAGAACAACAGUUCAACAGCAAACAACAGCUCAAAGUAUCGCAGUGCACCCAGUACAAGCACGGUAUUCACUCCCGUAAAGUCGCCCAUGAACCAUAAUUUUACAUCCGAAAGUACACAAGCACUUAUAGCUGUGAAUGCGCUGUCCGGCGGUCGGCUCUACGCACUCGUUGAAGGCCUGUCUGCAUGUGAACGUCUUCAGUGCGAUACAACUGUUGGCUAUGGUGGUUCUCCUGAUGAGACUGGUGAAACGACACUGGACGCGCUGCUUAUGGAUGGGUGUGUCUCGUUAAAAGUCCUCAUUUAUACAAAUUCACUUUGA